GUACGGAACAUUCCUGAAUGUGAGAAUAACCUAUCCAUCGAUCCUGAGAGUUGAGUCUCAAACUUCCCCCAACUGAUAUUGAAAAUUUCAGUCUGUCACCCACCCCGCCAAGCAUUUCCACGCCCACUAUCGACAUCACAAACUCAAUGCUGAGCCGUUCAAAAUCUCUAUCAGUCUACGUUUCCAGACUCAUUCUCGGCCGACAUAAUCUUUUACAGCUUUUUCAUUCAAAGUCUAGUAGUGGUCGCCGCCGCCAUAACCUCAGAGACGACGAAGACAGUGAUAAAAUUCGGUUCCAAGAGACAAAGGAACAUCAAGAAGAGGGGUAUAUACGUCUGUUGAAAAGCAGAGGUCAGCACAUUCUCACAAACCCACGAGUUCUUGAUACCAUCGUUCGUAAAUCUGUCAUAAAACCCAAUGAUACGGUACUAGAGAUCGGACCCGGCACAGGAAACCUUACUUUGAGGCUCCUCCAAGCUUGUGAAAAGGUCAUAGCAGUCGAGAUUGAUAAGAGAAUGGUGGAGAUUCUUCGUAGUCGAGCUGCAGAAAGUGGACUUGAGGACCGGCUUACAGUUAUAUGCAGCGAUGCAUUGAAAAUUGAGUUUCCAAGGUUUGAUCUUGUUGUAGCCAACAUUCCCUAUGGAAUAUCUUCGCCUCUCGUGGCGAAGUUGGUCUUUGGGAUGAACCAGUUUCGGAGUGCAACACUUCUCUUUCAGAAGGAGUUUGCACGACGCCUAUUGGCCAAUCCUGGAGAUUCGGAGUUUAAUCGCUUAGCUGUAAAUGUGAAGCUGGUGGCUGAUGUGGAAUUUAUCAUGGAUGUAAGCAAGAGGGACUUUCUACCAUGUCCCAAAGUUGAUUCAUCAGUGGUAAAGAUCUGGCCUAAAGCUCAAGUUCCAGACGUGGAUCUUCACGAGUGGUGGGCCUUCACGAGAACGUGUUUUGGUAAAAAGAACAAAACGUUGGGUGCCACAUUUAAGCAGAAGAAGAAGGUGAUGGAGCUUUACCAUUUAUCUGGAAAGAGUGUCUGCAACGAUGAAAAUAUUGGCAGCUGGCAUCACAAAGGCAAAUUUAGCCAUGUUGAAGUUGACGGAGAUGGAGCAAGUGAUGAAGGGGGCUGCUCUUCGUUUUCUUGCUCGGGAGUAGAGAUGAGUUUGUUUAGGGAGAAAAUUGUUUGGGUUCUUCAAUCCAAUGGAUUUGAAGAUAAGAGGCCUUCAAAGCUGUCCAAUGAAGAGUUGCUGGAUUUGCUUUCUUCCUUCAAUCAAGCUGGAAUAUACUUCAAUGAUCAUAAAAGAACAAGGGACGCAAACAAUGCCAUAUUGGCUACUUCUUAAGGUCCAUAGUAGUGCUUUAUGUUUGCAAAA